UAUUAUACAUACACACAUACAUGCACACAGGCACACACACACACAUACACACCCAACUUACUUACAGAAAUGCACACAAGAAUUUUCUGUACAAAUGUAAACUUAUCUGUGGGAUAUAACGUCGCCAGUUCUCACAAAACCAAACAUUAGAUUAAAACAGAGAUGUAAGCAUCAAUUCUCGCCCAGUAGUAAGAGACAAUGUUUAUUGAAGACCAAUCAACUACAUAGCCAUACAACUGUUGGAAAUGCAUAUCUGUAUUUGAGAGGAUAUUGUAGAAAUAUAUAUAUAUAUAUAUAUCAGUUGUAGGUAGAUUUUGUAAAUGGUAAUAUCAAACAUACACUCUUGUAUGUUAAUACAUACGGUUCAGAUAGUAUUGAUUCGGUUACAAAGCAAAUUUGUAUAGAUUUUACCCAAAGGUCAGAAAAUUUUCCUGGUUACAAAUCUUAUUCAAACAUUUGAGAGGAGGAAAGCUGUAUUCUAUUGGUUGUAUAUAACAAAUAGUUUUCUCUCCUUCAUCUCCCACAACCUCCAUCAGUGAUGUCGCAAAUAAUCAUAAAAAAAAUAAAUCAAUUGUACACUAUGUGCCAAGGAUUCCUCAGAUCCAAAGUUUCUGUAUCAGCUUACCUAACAGCAAUUUGAAAAGAGAAAAAUGCUGGUGAUUUUGUGGCUGUUCCCGUUGCUUGUGGAUAGAUCGUUUGGCAUUGACCAUAUUUAUCAUAUAGAAGAAGAACAGAUCCCUGGAACAUUUGUUGGAAACAUUGCUGUAGAUACACAAACCCUGGGUAUUGUACCAUUCCAGGAGAAGAACCUUAUUUGGUUUAGCACACUCCAGCAAGAUGCAACAACUAGUUCACAGUUAUUCAACGUCUCAGAGUCUGGGAAACUUUACACAGCCAAAAGGUUGGAUGCUGAAGCACUCUGUAAAUAUAACACAGAGUGCUUCCAGAUGGUGGAUGUUGCAGUCCGUAACAAAGAGUCCUUUGUAAAAAUUCUUGAAAUAAAAAUAAUCAUAGAAGAUGUUAAUGACAAUCAACCUGAGUUUCCUGAGAAACAAAUCAAUUUGCAAUUCUCUGAAACUGAUGGCAGAGGAACAGCAAAGUUUAUUCCCAAUGCCAUUGACAAAGAUGUAGGUGUUUUAAAUUCAAAAAUAUCUUACCACUUAAAAAAAAAUCUAAAUGAUCCAUUUAUAUUAUCUGUUUCUAAGAAGGUUGAUGGCACAGAUAGUCUGGAGUUAAUUUUACAAGAGAAGUUAAAUCGUGAAACAAAUGAACAUUACAAGGAACAAAUUAUUGCCAGAGACGAAGGAUUUCCUACAAAACAAGGAUUUUUAGAAAUUAGUAUUUCAGUUACAGAUGUCAAUGAUAACUUACCAAUAUUUAGUCAAAAUCUCUAUAAUGUUUCUGUUAAUAAUGGCUUUGAUAGAUCGAGACCAAUUAUUACUUUGUCAGCUACUGAUCUUGAUUCAGGUGACAAUGGAAAAAUCUCAUAUUUGUUCAGUUCCAAAACAUCAGCUUUAACAAGAACUUUCUUUAGACUGGACAAAGAGACAGGAGAUAUCUAUAUCAUAAAAGACACCACAUCGGGUUCUAAAAAUAUGUAUAAACUAUACGUGAAAGCUACCGAUGGUGGAAAUCCACCUUCGAGUUCAACAGCAGUUGUGUUGGUUUAUAUAAACAACAACCAAAAUAAUGCUCCAGUUAUUGACUUGAACUUUAUUUCAAAAUCAGCUGAAAACAAAGUCGCAAUUUCUGAAGGUGUUAAAAUAGGCAGCUUUAUCGCUUUCAUGAAAAUCACAGAUAAUGACAUUGGAGAAAAUGGAAAUGUUAGCUGCGACCUCAAUAAUAAUGGAUUUCAGCUCAAGAGUUUGGGUCUAAAGAAGUACAAAGUGGUUGUAAUGAAACAAAUUGACAAAGAGAAGAGCAACCAUGUUGAUUUGGUUGUUACUUGUGAGGAUCAUGGAUCGCCACCUUUGAAGACUGUUAGAGAGUUCUCAAUUCAAGUGCUUGAUGUCAAUGAUGUACAACCACAUUUCACCAAAGAUACAUUCAAAUUUCUUACUUAUGAAAAUGAAGAACCCAAUUUCCCUGUGGGCUAUAUUAAUGCAACAGACCCUGAUCUAGGGCUUGGAGGUCAGUUGACUUACUCUUUGAUUGGUCACAGCAAAGGUCUCCUUCUUCCAUUUGAAAUAUCUGACUUUGGAUUCAUUUCAACAACUCAGCCACUGGACAGGGAACAGCAAGAAGUUUUUAAUUUUAAAGUUUUAGUCAAAGACAAUGGUAUACCUUCACUCAACAGUACAGCAGUUGUUGUUGUUGAAGUUAUGGAUAAAAAUGACAAUACACCAUAUUUUACAUUUCCCAGUGUUAACCCUUUCAAUCUAGAUGUCCACUACCAUCCGCAGAGUAAGAGUGACAUCACAACAUUAAGAGCUUCUGAUAGAGACAGCCAUGUAAAUUCCUUCCUCAGGUAUGAAAUAUUUGGAGGCAAUAACAAACAGCUAUUUAAGGUAAACCCUUAUACAGGAGUUUUAUCUUUCUCUCGAACCGUUUACCAAAAUGAUGCUGGAGCAUAUAAUUUAGAAUUAGCUGUCAAAGACAGCGGUACUCCAGUUCUAUCAGCAACAACUACACUCUUUUUGACACUAACUGUUAGCAAUACAACAGCAAGAAUGUACAUCUCUGAAGACACAGAGUCGGAUAAUAGAAUACAUAUUAAUUUGAUGAUUAUUAUAGUAGUAGCAGCUGUGAUAGUUUCUGUUGCCAUUGUAGUUUCAGUGACUGUAUGCAUUGUAAGAAGAAAUCAUAACAGAGAUAUUCUAUAUACCGAUGGAAUAGACCAAAGCAGUAAAUUUAUUGGUGAUAGAGGAGAGUCUGAAUAUAUGUGUCAACAAAUGACACCACAAAAUGACGGACAAGUCAUAAUGGUGACACAUCCAGGAAUUCACCCUGCAACUGUGUUAAGGAGAGACCCUCAUUCAGAUAAUACCUGGAAAAGUUCAUCUUUACGGCAUCAACAGCAGCAGCACCACCAGCAACAACAUCCAGAAAUAAGUCAAGGAACUUAUCAGAUGUGCUUUCAAGACACUGCUGUGACAUCUGGUGCAGGUAAAAAAGAAAAACAUCUGAAUGAAUCUUCAACGAUAUCAUCUCGUUCAGAUGACUGUGGUCCUAGCAUAAACAGUGAAGGUGGAAACAACGGGCUUUAUGAAACCCUAGCUGGAGUUAAAACUAGUCAGCCUGAACAAUUAAAGGUCCUAGGCAGUGAAGCAAUAUUACCACAGACUCUCUCAAACCUUAAAGAUACCAGUACCAGAUGUUUUUACCAACCCAAUGUGACUCAGAAUGCUCCAUCUAAUGAUGUUAUUGAUCUAAAAUCCUUAAGAAUUACCAGUGCCAGUCCAUCACAACCUUGGAAUCUACCAAUGAGGAACAGCUUUACCUCUUAUGCAAAACCAUUACCAGCUGUACCCAAGAUAAAAUCUCAAUAAUAUUUGGAUGAAAAUUAUUUUGAAAUGACUCUGAGUAAGAAACUUUUAGAAAUAGAAGUAUUUAUAUUAAUAUAUAUUUUAAAUACAAGCCUCGGUGUUGUUCUCACCUAUCAUGUACAAGAAGAACAAAAUCCCGGUACCUA